AUGACUUUGAGUAUACUUAACGGGUUAGUGUUCUUGCUGUUCAUAUCGGAUGCUUUAGCAAGCCUAAAUGUCCUCAACGCGGUAUCAAACCUAGGUGUACGCCCGAUACAGAAAACUCUUGCCGACUCAAAGGAUUUCGUCGAAAUUGCCGCGGAAAAUGGAUAUUUUGCUGAAGUACACGAAGUAGUAACUGAAGAUGGGUACAUACUGAAAAUGUUUAGAAUACCCCCUAGAAACAAUUGCACGAAAAAAGUACCAAUACUGUUAAUGCAUGGCCUACUUCAAGUAGCGGAAUGCUUUUUAGACGCGGGACCAGAAGCCCCCGGAUUCUUGUUAGCUGAAGAGUGCUACGACUCGUGGUUUGGCAACGUUCGCGGCAACUACCACUCCCGGAGGCACAAGACCUUGAAUCCGGAUGAAGACUUGAAAUUUUGGCAGUUCUCAGUCGACGAAAUCGGGAAAUACGACGUUCCGGCCAUGGUCGACUAUGUGCUUGACGCGACAGCAAUGAAACAGCUGAUUUAUCUAGGCUUUUCUCAAGGAGGCUUGACUUAUUUCAUCAUGAACUCUGAGAGACCUGAAUAUGUCAAGAAAAUCAAACUUUUCCUCGGGUUAGCACCGGGUUCGAGAGAAUAUCACAGCCGUUCCAAAGAGGUAAGAGUAGCAGCAAACCUUAUAAAUUCCUUAAGGAUCCCCUUAGAAGCAGCUGGAGUGUGGGAGGUCCUAUCUCAAGGUUUUCCUAUCCAAGGAGCACUGAGUACCUUGUGCACAGUUGAGUUACUGUCAGCAGUUGUUUGUGGUUUGGUCAAAACUUCCGUGGAUUCCUCUCAUCCAGGCUCUGUUACGCCUGAAACUCAAAAGAGACUAUUCCAGCACGCUCCGGCCGGGACUUCUGUUCAGAACCUCGCCUGGUUCGGACAAGCUGUGAAUAGUCUCAAAUUCAGCAAGUUUGAUUUUGGACGCGUGAAGAAUAUGCAGGUUUAUGGAAAGAGUACACCGCCGGAAUACGAUAUAGGAGCGUCGAAGUCACCGGCUGUAAUAUUUCACGGUAAUGGAGACCACCUUGUUGACACGAAAGACGUAAGCUGGGCUGUUGAACAACUUCCGAACGUGUUAGAAUUCUAUGUUGCGGAAGAUCCACUGUGGAAUCAUUCAGAUAUAUGCUACAGUCGCUACUGGAAAGACGUUAUAUUUGGUACGAUGAAGAAGUAUUUAAAUCAGUACGACCAUAUUGAUGAUAAUUAA